AUGUCUGCUAGCCGGUCGCCCAGUAUCACCCAAGAGAACUAUGUCGAGUCUGUGGAAAACGACGACGAUGAGGUAAUCGAAGAUAAGUCUUCGAGGUUCGGGAAACGCCGCGCUAAUCUCUACGACGCGAUAGCUGGCCGUGUCAACCCUCGUGGGAUUCAAGCAACGCAGCCGGUUGCCUCUUAUCACCGCGAUACAGCCUCGUCGGGUGCUCGACCACUUCGACCGGAGGAGCUUCUCCUCCGCCGACAAAACAAUUCAGCGGGGCCUGUUAGUGAUCAGGCUGAGAGGAGAUACUUCGCACACGAAGAUCUACCCGCUGAUCAGCCUCUGCCGAGUUCCGAGCUCCUCGAGACGAUCCAUGCUUAUGCGGCCGACUUCUACGAAUAUGCUACGGCAGACAAUGGCCAAGACGACCACAAGACAAUGGAUGAGACUGCACUACUUGCAAUGGGAAUUCUGAUUGAGGAGAUGUCCAAAGAUGCAUUAGGCGAGACAGGUGACCUUGUCCUCGUCGAAGGACAGGAGCUAGUUGAAGAAGAGGAAGAGCAGACCGGCGCCGAGAGUGACACUACCAACCAGUCUGCAGCACAAGUUGUUCGAAGGAAACGAGCCAGCAGUAACCCGAAGAAGAAACCGAAGCGCCGCAAGUUGACUCGUUCGGCUUCUGCCACAACGGAGGCGGACACUGAGAUUGACGAUCGACUAUGA